AUGUCAGUGCAUCAAGGUGAAGAUCGUUCAGACGAGUUUUUGCCUGAGGGCAGCGAUUACAAUGAUGCUGAACAGGGUGAGAGUAAUGAUAAUGCUGACAAGUUGCCUGUGGCUUUGUAUACACAAGAAGACAAGGAUCACAUCUCACCUGCACCUCCUGCUCGAAGGGCCAAGGGUAAGGAGAGGGAGAUGCCUUCAUGUGCAGAUGAUGAGGACCUGGAUGAUGGUCAGCAUCAGGUCGACCUUGAUGAAAAUCCUGGUGAUCCCCUUAUGUCUGGCCAACACCCACAAGAAGCCAUCGAUAAGGCCAUCACCUUGGGUGAAAAAAUAGUUGCAGAGGCGGAGAAGAUUGCCAAGGACAUGGUACAAGAUGCUUCUAACAUAUCUACAAAUAACUGGAAGCAGACACAACGUGACCACUGGCUCAAACAUUGUAACCAGAGUGAAAACCCUGAAUUGUGGAAGGAGAUACACAAGUUCUGGGAAGGGACCUCAAGGAACACAGAUCAGUCUUCAAAAGCAUUAUACAGCUGUAUCAUGGCUGUACGUGAUGCCUUUGCCCUCAGUUGCCAAGUUUAUUUGCGCCUUGAGGAUAUUUAUGUGGGGGGGAUUCAUAUUAUACACAGGUACAAUCACAUUAAUGAUACAGCUUCUUUGUUAUCCUUUACUUAUACUCUGGGUCCGAAAUUCAAUACUGAGCUCUUGUCUCCCAUUAUGAUGCUAGAAAAGUUUGCUAUAGAAGGGGUUGGCAUUCUGCAUGAGGUAAAAAAUAGGGCGCUCAAUACAAUGUGGAGCUUGCUUGCAUUGAACAUCUGGAACUGA